AUGUCAGUUAUUCGGGUCAAGAUGUUCAUUGCCCUCGCCCAAAGUCAACCCUUCACACCUAGCAGGUCAAUAAACGAUUACGAAGCAAUCUUAUCAGCAAAGCCAGCCAACCAACCAACGAUGCCUGUUUACCACGUUGCUCUUUUCAAACUCAAACCAGAGGCUGACCCCAACAAGGUGAAGCAGUGGCAAGCACUGGCUGAGGGAAUGGUCGGACAAGUACCUGGCCUUAUAGGUCUUCAGGCAGGCGCGCCCAUUGCCUUGACGGCACCCAUGGCAAAGGGCUUUGACAUGGGCGUGGUGGUGCACCUGGAUUACGUUGAGAGUCUGGCGACCUUUUUUACCCAUCCCAGUCAUGAGGAGGUCAAUGAACUGUACAAAGAUGUUUGUGAGAUGGGUAGCACUAUUGGAUAUGACAUUGAGUUUUAGUUUUAGAAACUUGCUGCUUGCCAAUGGGACGCUACACAUUGAGACUACCUAGGUGUAGUGAAACCACUCUGGGUCAUACCUACCUACCGGAGUUAAAACCAAUCAUAUGUGUAGAAGAGAUAAG